AACAUAACAGACCUGGCAUGUGUGUGUGCUUACUGUGUACAAGCUAGAAAUUUACCUUAUCGGUAUUUGAAGACCUGUGAGGCAUACUAAUAGGGAUGCCAAAGGAAAAAUAUGAUCCUCCAGAUCCUCGCAGAAUUUACACCAUCAUGUCAGCAGAAGAGGUAGCCAAUGGGAAAAAAUCUCACUGGGCAGAAUUAGAAAUCUCGGGUAGAGUGCGGAGCUUAAGUACAUCACUCUGGUCAUUGACGCACUUGACAGCACUGCACCUAAAUGACAAUAACCUUGCUCGCAUCCCACCGGAUAUUGCCAAGCUUCACAAUCUGCUCUACCUGGAUCUGUCCUCCAAUAAACUCAGAAGUUUACCAGCAGAACUAGGAAACAUGGUGUCUCUCAGGGAAUUGCUUUUAAAUGACAAUUAUUUACGGGUUUUGCCUUAUGAACUUGGCCGGCUCUUCCAGCUACAAACUCUAGGUUUAACAGGCAAUCCUUUAUCACAGGAUAUUAUGAGCUUAUACCAGGACCCAGAUGGAACCCGAAAGCUACUGAACUUCAUGCUUGACAAUCUUGCAGUUCAUCCAGAGCAGCUUCCUCCGAGGCCAUGGAUUACAUUAAAAGAACGAGACCAAAUUCUGCCAUCAGCAUCAUUCACGGUUAUGUGUUACAAUGUAUUAUGUGAUAAAUAUGCUACCCGGCAGCUAUAUGGCUAUUGUCCGUCCUGGGCAUUAAACUGGGAAUACAGGAAAAAGGGAAUUAUGGAAGAAAUUGUAAACUGGGAUGCAGAUAUCAUUAGUCUUCAGGAAGUGGAAACAGAGCAAUACUUUACUCUCUUUCUGCCAGCAUUGAAGGAUCGUGGAUAUGAUGGAUUUUUUUCUCCAAAGUCACGUGCCAAAAUCAUGUCUGAGCAGGAAAGAAAGCAUGUGGAUGGUUGUGCAGUAUUCUUCAAAACAGAAAAAUUUACAUUGGUGCAGAAGCAUACAGUGGAAUUCAACCAGGUAGCAAUGGCAAAUUCAGAUGGAUCCGAAGCAAUGCUAAACAGAGUAAUGACAAAAGAUAACAUUGGCGUUGCUGUGGUGUUAGAGGUCCACAAGGAGCUCUUUGGAACAGGUAUGAAGCCUAUUCAUGCUGCAGACAAACAGCUGCUUAUAGUGGCAAAUGCCCACAUGCAUUGGGACCCUGAGUAUUCUGAUGUGAAACUUAUUCAGACCAUGAUGUUUGUCUCAGAGGUUAAAAACAUUCUGGAGAAAGCCUCAAGUAGGCCUGGCAGCCCGACUGCAGAUCCCAAUUCCAUCCCGCUGGUGCUAUGUGCAGAUCUUAACUCAUUGCCAGAUUCAGGUGUUGUAGAAUAUUUAAGCAACGGAGGAGUAGCUGACAACCAUAAAGACUUCAAGGAACUAAGGUACAAUGAGUGUCUUAUGAACUUCAGCUGUAGUGGAAAGAAUGGAAGCUCAGAAGGGAGAAUCACACAUGGCUUCCAACUUAAGAGCGCCUAUGAAAAUAACUUGAUGCCUUAUACCAAUUACACCUUUGAUUUCAAAGGUGUGAUUGACUACAUUUUCUAUUCCAAGACUCAUAUGAACGUGCUUGGUGUCCUGGGGCCUUUAGAUCCUCAAUGGCUGGUUGAGAACAACAUCACUGGGUGUCCACACCCUCACAUCCCUUCAGACCACUUCUCACUGUUAACACAACUUGAACUCCACCCUCCACUCCUGCCUCUUGUCAAUGGUGUUCACUUGCCUAAUCGGAGGUAGUGGAGUCCAGCCCCGCAGAGACGGGGAUCUGUUGCUAUGGACCUGUACAGUUGUAAAUCAAAGUAUGUAGGAGUGAAGUAUGGCCAUCUUUAACGCUGCUUCUUCAGGUUCCUUUCACAAUGUGUUUGCUAUAAGACUUUGUAUAUUUUUGUGCAUACUGAUAUCAUUUGGCACUAGGGCUGGAACCAAAGUAUUACUGUCUGUUGCUAUCUAUCCAAAAUUUUAAUAUACUUUAAAAUUGAAUUUAUUUUCCUAUUAUAUUAGGAACCAACAUUCACAAUUGAUAAAUCACUAAUUUGAGACCCCACACCAAUGUUAUUCUCUAAAACCAAAUACAUUCUUCUGAAUGUUUUCAAAUAAGCCAAUCAUUUUUGUAAAAGGUGAUUUUUAAAAACUCCAAAUACAAGAUUUUCAAUUGAAUGAUGGUAUGCUUUAUAGGAAAAACUUUGAGUUUCUGUUUUCUUUCAUAACAAGCUAAUUUUUGCCUCUCAAGUCAUUUGCACAUUAACAAAGCACUUAAAUUUGCUUGAUUUGUACAUUAAAUAUGGUAUAGCCACUAGCCAUAACAAGACAAUUUGAGAUAUGAAAGAUAAUUACAUAAUACGCUUUAAAAUCAAGCAUAGUAUGUGACAGUUUGUUGGCCAAAUGCUGGUUGAUUUGUUUGAGAACUCAACUCUUCUCUUCUCUUCUCUUCUCUUCUCUUCUCUUCUCUUCUCUCUUCUCUUCUCUUCUCUUCUCUUCUCUUCUCUUCUCUUCUCUUCUCUUCUCUUCUCUUCUCUUCUCUCUCUCCUUCCCUCCUUCCCUCCCUUUUUUCUCUUCUUUUUUUUUUGGGGGGGUGUCUGCCUAUUAAUCCUAAUCUUUUUAGAAGUAUUAACUCUAAGCCUGUCUUUCAAGUUCAUUUAUAAGGAAAUAGCAGAUAAUACUGCCAUACAUCUUGAAAGUUAAAUUUGGUAUUUUUAGGAUGCCCACAAAAUUAGUGUCUGGGUUUUUUUUUUCUCAUGCCCACACUUUUUUUUCUGUCUGGUUGUACUGGAAAAAAAUAUGAUCUAUAUCUUUACCAUUACAGUUUAACAUUUAAAAUUGUUGAAUGAAAAGCCCGUAGUCAGAGUUUCAGAAAGGGAAAGCCAGAUAAUACAAUACAUGUUUUCCAAAGUAAGUAAAAUGGCUGUUUGUUUGUUGUUUUGUUUUUUUUUUUUAUUUUGUUUUAAGGUAACAGUAGAGAGGAUUUUGAGGAAAGGACAGAUUUGGGGAAGUAAUUGAAAACCUUGGAUCAUUUUUUCUGACUCUAGCUGCCAAAUGGCCAUCAGAUGCUUUUAAUUUUAGUUGCCAUACUGUCUAGAUUUGAAUUAAGCUACUGUUUUAUACCCAAAGUUUGAUGCCUCUAGAUGUAUUGGAAACCCCCCACUAUUUGUUGUUGUUGGCUAGGAGGUGCCAUUUGAAAAUCUUACUUAAGAGGCAGAGAGCAUAAACACCAUUUUGUGGGGAGAAAAUUAGUUGGCAAAAUUAGAAAAUGUUAAUUAUGGCACAGUAACAUUGGAAAAGGUUGUGUCUGUGUUUUUAAGUUUUUCUUUAUUCUGCUUUUUUGCUGCUAUAAGAGUUUUCUGAAAUUUAUAUUUUAAACUU